CAAUCCCCAUAAUGGAGGCUAUUUCUUAUGCUAUUUUGACCCUGGCAUUGGUAGCUACUCUGGCCCUUGUCUCAAAAAUUUUCUUCCCUCAAUCCCAGAAGCUAAAAUUUCCACCAGGCCCCAAACCAUGGCCUGUAAUUGGCAACCUCAACCACAUUGGUCCUCUGCCUCAUCAAUCCCUUCACAAAUUGUCCCAAAUUUAUGGACCAAUAAUGCAGCUCAAGUUUGGCUCGUAUCCAGUUGUGAUUGCCUCAUCUGCAGAAAUGGCAAAACAAUUUUUGAGGACACAUGAUCACAUCUUUGCCUCUAGACCCCAAACUGCAGCUGGUAAGUACACAACUUAUAACUACAGCAAUCUCACUUGGGCACCUCAUGGUCCAUACUGGCGCCAAGGCCGCAAAAUUUACCUCUCCCAUCUGUUUAGCUCAAAGAUACUAGACUCUGUCGAAUACAUUCGUGUUGAGGAAAAUCGCGCCUUUCUCUCGCGGCUCUGUGCCUUGUCAGGCAAGCCAACUAUGCUCAAAGAGCAUCUGUCACGCCUAACUCUUUCCAUUAUAAGUAGAAUUGUGUUGGGUAAGAAGUAUUUUAGUGUGUCUGAAUCUGAGAUUUCGAUAGUGACACUAGAAGAAUUUCAAGAGAUGUUAGAUGAGCUGUUCUUGCUUAAUGGGGUUUUGAACAUAGGGGAUUGGAUCCCAUGGGUUCAGUUUUUUGACUUGCAAGGGUUUGUAAAACGAAUGAAGGCCUUGAAGAAAAAAUUCGACCGGUUUCAUGAUCAUGUGUUUGAUGAACACAGGGCAAAGAAGGAAGGAGUUAAAGAUUUUGUGCCAAAUGACAUGGUGGACUUAUUGUUGCAGCUGGCUGAAGAUCCUGAUAUUGAAGUGAAGCUGAAUUAUGACAGUGUCAAGGGAUUCACUCAGGAUUUAAUAGCGGGAGGAACUGAUACCUCUGCAACCACUGUGGAGUGGGCAAUGUCUGAGCUCAUGAAACAACCACACCUCAUCGAAAAGGCAACCGAAGAGCUCGACAGAGUGAUCGGGAGAGGGAGAUGGGUAGAAGAGAAAGACAUCCCACAACUUCCUUACAUAGAUGCAAUUAUGAAAGAGACAAUGAGGAUGCACCCAGUUGCUGUAAUGCUAGCUCCACAUCUAGCUCUUGAAGAUUGCAAUGUGGGAGGUUAUGAUAUUUGCAAAGGAACUAGAGUGUUCGUAAACACAUGGAGCAUGGGGAGAGAGCCUUCACAAUGGGAUGCACCAGAUGAGUUCAACCCUGAUAGAUUCUUAGGGAGGUCAAUUGAUGUGAAAGGACAAAACUUUGAGCUCCUGCCAUUUGGCUCGGGAAGGAGGAUGUGCCCUGGUUAUAGCCUUGGACUGAAAAUGAUAAGGUCUAGUUUGGCUAACUUGUUACAUGGAUUUAAUUGGAAAUUACCUGGCAAUAUGAAACCAGAAGAUUUGAGCAUGGAGGAAGUUUUCGGAUUGGCUACACCUCGGAAGUUCCCACUUGUUGCAGUUGUGGAGCCUCGGCUCCCUGCCCAUCUUUAUUAAUUACAUGUGAAUCUGUAAUGUCCUUGCAAGCUUUAGACUGUCGGCCAUUAAAUAAUGACGCCUCAAUGUAAUCAAUAAUCCCUUUCUGAUUUUACACUUCGUGAAUGAAACAAUAUCUUAUUUUCUUCAUCCAA